AUGUGGAGCGUGAUUAGACAUGCCCACGUGCUGAAUCGGGUCGCAAGUUGGCCCGGAAUCGACGGACCGAUUCUGAAUCGUGAACCGCCAAUUCAAGUUCACAAAAAAUGUGAAUCGAAAUCCGCGCGGCUAUUGGAUUGGGAACAUAAGGUGCCCAUGGCUUCAAGCCCAACAACUUACAAAGAGGCAAUAUUGUAUGACAAAAAUAAAUUAAUUAUACUUAAUAAAUCUAAGGUGUUGAAGGAGGCGGCUGGGGCAGUGGCGUCGUGCCAGAGCUUGAACCUCCGUAGGAGGAGAACGCGGCCGGAGUUAUUGAAGGGAUUGAAGUCGGCGGAGGCGGAGUCCGGGGGCGCCGUUGCUGAUGGUGGCGGGGCUAUCCACUUGGAAGCUCGGCAAGCUCGUGGGCACAGUCCGAGUGCGGGUCGACUUGGGCCAAGCCCAGACGAGGCCCGCCGUGUGCCA